GCACCGCCCGCUGGGCUGCGGCUCCCCGGGGCUGACGGCCGCCUCUCUGCUCCCGCGCUGGGAUCUCUUUCGGUGAGAGAUUAAUUCACUGUGCUCCGCUGCAGAAGAAAACGAAGCACCAUCUCCUGGUGACAGAUGAGAGGAUUUAUGAUGCUUUUGAUUUGUGGUACUUCUAAGGAAAAGCAAAAACAAAAACAGUUUGCUUUUCUUCUCUCUGCUGAAAUGGGAAUCGUAGAAUCAUAGAAUGGCCUGGGUUGGAAGGGACCCCAAGGAUCAUCAAGUUCCAAUCCCUCUGCUGCAGGCAGGACCACGAGCCUCCAGAUCUAAUACUAGAGCAGGGUGCUCAGGGCCCCAUCCAACCUGCCCACGUGGUGCCCAGGUGUCCCUCUGCAAGUGCCCUGUCGCCUGAAACACCCCCAGUGAGUGCCUGUAACACAGCUGCUGGCAUUCAGUGCAGCUCUCAGAUCCACUGCAUCUCCCUGCAGUGCUAUGAGGAUGGAGUGCUGAGGACCCCCAGGCAUCAGGGCACAGUGUGGUGUAGGAUACGGGUGGCCUGGAUACAGCAGUGGGUUCGGGGCUAGGAUUUGUAACUUACAGAAACCUUAUUAUGACUUCCUCUCUUUUCCCUCCUUUUUAUUUUUUUCUGUUUGUUUUGGUUUGCUUUGCUGAGUCUGAGGCAAACACCUGCAGAGCAGAACUGAAGGAAAGGUGCAUGGGCCACAUUUCAGAGUGCAGCACACACCACAGCCCAACCUAGAGGUCAUACAGCGGCUUCCAUUUCCUGCUGUGUAUCACCAGAGCUUCCUGCAGAGCUUCCCUUCCUGCCAUGGCACAGACACAGCACUUUCUGAAGAACUUCCUUAGAAAUGCAGAAAGGAUGCUGCGGCCUCACAGUCCCGUCCCCACUUCCAGGCUGACAGACAGAGCAGCCUCUGCCCGGGGACAUCUGUAUAAUGCAGCUAGGGGAGGCAAUGUUUCAGAAGAAUGUGUCACUGCAUUUUCAGUUGCUGGUGGCAUUUUCUUUAUUGCAGUCAAUACUGAUUUCCUCGAGACACUGCUGUGUGAGGACCGAUCCCAGCCCAAUCCCUUUUGUCUGAGAUAAACUCAGAUGACUGCAAAAUGCGGGUAGGUAUCGUUCUCCCAAAGCACGCCGUCCCCAGGGAUUUGGUGACCCCAGAUUUCCCAGCUCUCCACCUGACAGCAAACUGAGAUGUUUCGUUUCACUUUAUUUUUGUUGAGAAAUGAGAUAUUUCACAGUCUGAACUGGCUUUGACACCUGAUAUUGCUGACACUGAAUUGCUGCGGUGUAGGAAAAAGGCAGCAUAAAAUACCUGAUGAGACGGCCAAAAUUAACCUUAAUCAUCCAAAGUAGUGAUAUUUGAGCCAUAAAGCUCUCUCUGUGUGGAGUGAGUAGCUGUGAUACCAGGAGCAGCAACUCCAGCUGUGUGCUGGCUGGAGCACUGAGGUGGCUGCUGCCCCACUGCUCAGUGCAAGACUGGGGCCUCAAGAUCAGGGAAAGUCCCAGACCAAUCCCUGGUUUGGGAUUUUCCCUGAUAAACUCUGCUCCUACUGUGGGGCAAGGCAGACAAGCUACUGAAUUCCCUCUCAAAAUAAGGGUGGGUUUGUUUGUUUGUUUGUUUGGUGUGUGUGUGUGUAUGGUAACUGUUGAGUCACGGCCUGAAGCACUGACUGGGCACCUGGGAAAGGAUCCGGUCAGCCCUGGGAGCACAGGUGAAGGCACAGCAUUCACAGCAUUACACAGCAGUGUAAUAGGAAGGGGUGGAGCCUGCACCUCUCUUAUCAGCCCACUGAAGGGCUGAUGGCUCUGGGGAAGGAUCUGUGGUUGAAGAUCCUUCCUUAGUGGCCUUUUCUAUGAGCCUGGGUCUUUGGAGCACAGCGGUACAUCUUAUGCCCAGACAACCUACCCCAGCUAUAAAAUGACCACAAGAAAGAAGGGAAUGUAUUUGCUCGCUCUGCCUCAGCUGUGGCCAUUCUUGCAGCGAGGCCCCUGGGCCGGGGCUGAAAAGGCUUUGUCAGAGUUUCAGGACUCGAUGGCGAGCGCUGCGUGAGCCGUCUGAGCGCGCUGGGACGGAGCGCGGGGUCGCCCAGUGGGCGUCGCGCUGGCCGCGAGCUGCCGCCUGCUAUGGAAGGCGAUGGAGGAGAGCGGGAAUCCCAGCCCGAGAGCCACGUGGAGAGCAGGAGCGGCGUGAAGCCUGUGCCCGGGGGAGCGGCCCACGUCAAGCUAGAGAUAAAGAAACACGCCGUCACGGAUGACUACAAGCUGUCCAAGCGGGUGCUGGGGUUAGGAAUCAACGGCAAAGUACUGGAGUGCUUCCACAAGGAGACGGGGCAGAAGUGUGCUCUGAAGCUCCUGUAUGACAACCCAAAAGCUCGUCUGGAAGUAGAAUAUCACUGGCGGGCAUCGGGUUGUCCCCACAUUGUCCACAUCCUGGAUGUUUAUGAGAACAUACAUCAUGGAAAGAGAUGCCUCCUCAUUGUCAUGGAAUGCAUGGAGGGAGGAGAGCUGUUUAGCAGGAUCCAGGAGAGAGGAGACCAAGCUUUCACCGAGAGAGAGGCCUCUGAAAUAAUGAGAGACAUCGGCACAGCCAUCCAGUAUCUGCAUUCAAUGAACAUUGCCCAUAGGGACGUCAAGCCUGAAAACUUGCUUUACACAUCAAAAGAAAAGGAUACUGUACUUAAACUCACAGACUUCGGCUUUGCCAAAGAAACCACUGUACAAAAUGCACUGCAGACCCCCUGUUACACUCCUUAUUAUGUGGCCCCAGAAGUCCUUGGUCCUGAAAAGUAUGACAAAUCAUGUGACAUGUGGUCUCUGGGUGUCAUCACAUACAUUCUCCUGUGUGGGUUCCCUCCGUUCUACUCAAACACUGGACAAGCUAUUUCUCCAGGGAUGAAGAGAAGAAUUCGAAUGGGGCAGUAUGGGUUUCCCAAUCCAGAAUGGGCUGAAGUGUCAGAAGAAGCCAAACAACUGAUUCGCCACUUACUGAAGACAGACCCAACAGAGAGGAUGACAAUUUCCCAAUUUAUGAAUCACCCUUGGAUUAACAGAUCGAUGGCAGUGCCACCAACACCCCUCCAUACCGCACGGGUCCUGCAAGAGGACAAGGACCACUGGGAUGAAGUUAAAGAGGAGAUGACCAGUGCUUUGGCUACCAUGAGGGUGGACUACGAUCAGGUGAAAAUUAAAGACUUGAAAACAUCCAACAACCGCCUCCUGAACAAACGCCGCAAGAAACAGAAGCAGUCCGGCGCCUCUUCUGCAGCCCCAGGGUGCAAUAACCAAUGAGGAGAGAAGCCAGGGACCUGUGGGUGGAGGGUAAAUGUGUUAAAAAGAGCACUCUAAAAUGAACGAGUACGAUCAGCUGAGGUGACUGAGUGCAGUCACAGAGACUGCAAAGAAUCUGUCCUGCAAAGAGGGAGCAGGAGGAAGAGAACAUUUUUUUUUUAUCUUGAAUCAGGGCUUUGCUUAUAAAGGCUACUUUAUAUGAUAAGAUUCUGUUUGCGUAUUGCUAGGGAAAGUAUAACAAUACCAGAAAUAUUACAGGGUUCUGUUUUGGCUUUAACUGUGUUGGGUGAGUGAACAGGAGACAGUCUCAGCAUGCUAGUGUGCUGAGGCUUUCAUAGCCAUCUAUGAGAGUAACUUCUUCUGCCCUUUUAAAACUGGGGAAUAGAAAAAAUGCCAAGUGUUCUGCCAAGUGUUGUAGGAGUUCAAAAAAGUUUCAGUAGUACUGAAAAAGGAGAAAAAUGCCAAUGCUUUUUGUACGAGUAGCACAUGUGCAGUUCUACUUUGGAUGUAUGUGGACAGCAUUUUGUGCCUGAAUAGAUAAGAAUAGUCAGUGUUUCCAAACGUAUCUCCUACCACUCCAGAAUAUCGUCUGAGCAGUGAGCACUUAUUCCUGUUGUAGGAAGAAAAAAGCAUCCAUACAUUUCCAUUUCCACAGAGUCUUCAUGUAGUCUUACGUAAUGAAUUGGGUUUGUUGUGGUUUCUCCUCUAAUUACGCAUUCGCUUUAUAAAUGUAACCAUUUUGUUGCAUCUAUACCACUGUCAGAUUCGUCUCAUGAUGUUUUUAAUUUAAACAGUACUUCACAUCAAGAGUUUUAAUCAGUAUUGAAUUAGUCACAAGUGUACUGCUGAGCAUCUUAUGGCUCCUUAUGGAUCUGCAGUGUCCAGGGUGCAGCUGGACACACAACUGUGUAUGGGAGGUGGGUCUGGAAGAGAACAGUGGAAUUCAGGAGGAAAUGGCACCUUCUGCGAGUGGCCUCCAGUGUCUGCCAGCAUCCCUUCUGCAGUGCCCUGCAGAUCCCCUGCCUGACAUGAGCUAUCCUUCCAGUUCUGAUGCGCUGGGAUUACUUGCUACUGGGAGCAAAGAGGGAGAGGUUGCUGCUUUAUUUCUGAUGUUUUGGCAGUGUUUCUGGAUCCAAAGAUUUCUGUCACCUGUGGGAAGCCACCUUUAAGGAUAUGCACUCUUUUCUUUUUUUUACUAUUCUAAUUCUUGUUCUGUCGUAUCCUAGCCUUGGUUUGAUAAUUUGUUUUACUUCAUGAUCAAAAUAUUUUCUCUUGCUAUAUGAUGUAGGUUUUUUUUAGUUGAGGUAAAGCAAAUGUUUGUAAAAUAUUAUCAGAGUCUAGAAUGAAAAUUAUACACUUCCAGUGGUGCGGGCAAACGCUGUUUGUAGUUGGCACACACAGUGCUGUUGUGUUAACAGCCUGAGAAGGAGGUUAAAAAAGAAGGAAAGCAGGGCUGGGGGGCUGAGGUUCAGAUCUGACUGCAGCACGGCUUUGUUGCGCCCGGCAGAGACCUGCAGGCUUCCGACCCUCCUGGAGAGCCCCGCUCCCAACUAUCAGCAUUGGACGAGGCCUCCGUCCUUCUGUGUCGAGCUAGGGUUUUAUAAAUGGAUUUUAAUAAACCACGUUCCAACACUGUCUUGUUAUC